AAAAAGACACAAAAAGAACGCGUCGUUUCACUUAGAAGAAAGCAACUCAAGGAUCCUCGCAGACGUACUACGUCCGUCCGUCGUCCUCAGCAAAGAUUCAAGUCCUCAAACAAGCUCACGAAGGAGGAAAAGUGGGAGUCGUUCCGAGAGGCGUUUUUGCU